CCGGGGUGAGGCGGUGGACACCGGAGCUGCUGAGGGAGACGACUGAGACACUGAAGUUCAUGAGACUGAGGGUUUUUCAAGACCACGGCAAGAAUGUCCAGGUCCACUCCUGGUGCGGACCCCUCGCAAAGCCCCAGCAGGAGUCUGCUCGUGGUUUAGCUCCAUUCAAUUUAUUAUGAGUUCCCGAUUGGCGCACGUGUAUUAUAUUGUGCUAGCAGAAGGCGCCGGCUUCGCUCGGAGGCUGACUGAGCAAGGAAUGCUGGGAGAUUUCACUUCUGACACCUGCGGAAUUGUGAAUUCAGCUUUGGACAAAACCCGUUAAAACUAAGGAUCAGGACGAGGAGAACCAAGGACAUCAAUCAAAAUGACUCUAGAAAUCCCAUCUCUAGGACGCCCCUUCUCUCUCGGGAUGUUGUACAAUUGUUAUGAAGAGAAACUUAUUCCAGGCAUUACCCUAUGGAACAGAGAGGAUCUGGCCAACAAUAUUUCCACAACGCCUCAAAAUUGCACAGAUUUUGAAGUGCUGGCAUCUGACACGGUUUCUGGCAAGUCGUCUGCUCUGGAUGUCUCUGGAGAAUUAAAGCUCAGUCUGUGGAGUGGCAUGGUCGAAGUCGGGGGAUCUGGAAAAUACUUUACUGAUACAAAGGAAUCGAAGAAACAAGCUCGAGUCACUCUGAAGUACUUGAGAACCACCAGGUUUGAUCAACUCGGUAUGAACCACCUCUGCCAAAAGAACAUCACCUACAAAGAUGUGUUAGACAAAGGGAUAGCAACCCAUGUGGUUACCGCCAUUUUAUAUGGAGCCCAGGCAUUCUUCAUAUUUGACAAAAAAAUUUCCAACGCUGAAACAACUAAAGAAGUUAAAGGAAAAAUUACAGGAAUGGUCAUGAAGAUAGGAAAUCUCACAGGAGAGGUGAAGAUGAAUGAAGCAGAGAAUGAAGAAGUCCGUCAGUUCAACUGUAAGUUUCAUGGGGACUUUGCUCUGAAGAAAAACCCAGUGAAUUACGAGGAAGCAGUGACAACCUAUGCCAGCCUCCCAAAACAAUUAGGAGAGGAUGGGGAGAAGGCCGUGCCUAUAAAAGUCUGGCUGUACCCCUUGAAAAACUUGGACGACAGAGCUGCCAGCUUGGUAAGACAGAUUAGUGAUCAUCUGGUUUUCACAGCAGAGACUAUCCUGCAGCAGAUGUCAGAAGUCGUCAUGGAGUGUAACGAUAUGAUGAGACAUCCGGCGGCCAUAGCUUUCCCAGCUCUCAACAAGAUCAGCCAGUUCAAGAAACUUUUUGAAUAUUUUAGGGUUAAAUUCCAGAAACAGUUGUCCCAAGUACUGCCAUCUAUACGUUGUGGAAAGAAGAAAGAGUCUAUUCUGGAGAACAUUCUCACCAGUAAAGAGAAAUCUCCAUUUAGGGACAAGAACAUCAGGACAUUUCUCAUCAGAAGAUGGCAGGAGAUGGAGACUGUCCAUUCAUUAUUAAAGCAACUGAAGGGUUUCAGAGUGGUGUCAGAGGAAAGAGAGCUGAUGAGAGAAAUUCUUGAUCCAAACUUUGAGUGCACAUUUUGCGUUAACUUCUCCUCCUUGGCUUCUGCAGACCCGUAUCUCUCACAUUUAGAGUCCUGGCUUCACAAGGAAACUUGGGAUCUUCAGGACAGCUUUAACGAAGGGGAAACUAAACAAUGGUUCGAACAAAGCAAUAUACAUAAGAAGGUAAAAAUGAUAUAUCGAUUGUACGGAUUUGAAAUGCCACGCACCAAUCCACUGGUCACAUCUGUUGAAUGCAGUAAAUGUCCCGGAAUCGGUGUUCAUUACUACAAGAAGGGCGAAGGGAUGACUCCGGAGUGUCUGCCUCCUGUAAAGUUUACUUUCAUAGACCUCUCUUUUAAACAAAUUCCCCAUUCACACAAGCAAUUUUGUUUCUGCGUGGGUGUAAUGGGUGACGUGAACACAUUGCACCUGCACUGAAUCCUGACCCAUUCAUUUCAAUGGGGCUGUGUACAUGAGCGUUUUUUUAACGCAUCAGUUCUGCGUUGCGUGAAAAA